AUGGCGGUGUUCACCGCCUGGAAAUGCGACAUUCGCCUUAUUCCACAGCGGGUUCAAAUCGCCGUCAAAACCCCCUCUCUCUUUGCUGAUCCCUCCAUGAGCUUCAGCGUCGAUUGGAAUACUCGCGAUGGCUUUCGCGAUGUUGCUAAGAAGAAGAAGAAGGCCGCCCCUGCGUCUAAUAAGUGGUCGGACGAUGGAGAUAAGAAGGACGACGCCGGAAACGGCGACGACAAUGCUGGCGGUGCCGGCGGCGGUGACGGUGCCGGUGCCGGUGGCGAUGCCGGAAACGGAUCUUGGGGCGGCGAUGGCGACGGCGACGGCGACAAAGAUAAUAAUGGCGGCGGGAAAAAGAAGAAUGGCGGAGCCGCAGCCAAUACCUCCAAGAACAGCACUUCCUUUCUGCCUGACAUUCCAACUUCCGACUUCGGUACGGAUUCCUUCCAGGACAUCAAACUUAGCGAUGACGUGAACGGGAAACUCGAUUUAGACUUCGAGUCUCCCUCAGAAACUAAAUCCUCCUUUGGGCAGUGGGGCACCAGCUGGAACACCGGGAAAUCGGGGAGUUCGUGGGACUUCUCUGCCACCAAGGAGGACGAGAAGAAAGACGAGGGUGAUGCAGAUGCAUGGAGCGCUGGCCGCACCAAGUCCAAGAAAAAGGCGAUGACUUUCGGUAGUUUCGACGAUAUCGAGGAGGAAAACAAUGGUGAUGCCGAUGCGUCCAAGGACAACGGCAUCUCUUGGGGUGAUUUCUCAACGACGACUUCCAGCAAGAAAGACAAGAAAAAGAAGAAGAAGAACUUGUGGGACGACGAACCGGAACCGGAAAAGCCUGUCGAGGACAACUCGCAAGACCUUGGUGCCACGAAGGAGGAUGACGGCUGGGGAUGGAGUGCCUCCAGUACGAAAAAGAAGGGCAAAAAGAACUUUUCCUUUGAGGCUGAGCCAGAGCCUGAAGUUGCGGUGGCCACGGACGCCCCUGCCGACGAGGACUGGUUUUCUACGUCGAAAGACAAGAAGAAGAAGAAGGGUGCUUCAGCAGCCAUCAUAGAGGAACCCAAGGUCGAGGAGCCGCCCAAGGAGGACGACGCCUGGGAUACGUGGGGAGCAAAGAAGGACAAGAAGAAGAAGAAGACGAACUUUUUAGACGACUUUGGGCCCUCGGAUCCCGCGCCUCCUCCCGAACCUGAACCUGAACCUGAGCCUGUCAAGGAAGAUGACUCCUGGGCCGGUGGCUGGGCAGCAACCUCUAAGAAGGACAAGAAGAAGAAGAAGAAGGGCAUAAUAGAGGAGGUCGCCGAGGAGCCCGAGCCGAUUCCAGAGCCUGUUGUGGAGGAGCCGGUCGCCGAGAGCAAGGAUGAUGGCGAUGCCUGGGCCACCCUCGGUUCCAAGGACAAGAAGAAGAAGAAAGGUAAGACUGCUACUACUUUUGACCUAGAUCCGAUAGCCGAGCCUGAGCCCGAACCCGAACCCGAAAAGCCCAAGGACGAUGACGCGUGGGGCUUCUCAACAUCAAAGAAGGACAAGAAGAAGAAGAAAGCCUCCAUCUGGGACGACCCUGUCCCGGAACCGGAACCGGAGCCGGCAAAGGAAGAGAAGACGGAUGAUUUCUGGUCCUCCACGGUGACGAAAAAGGACAAGAAGACGAAGAAGAACAAGAUAUUAGACCCCGAGCCCGAGCCCGAGCCCGAUCCGAUUCCCGAACCAGAGCCCGAAAAGACGGAGGAGCCCGAUAAUUUGUGGUCCACGCCCGCAACCUCUUCUAAAAAGGACAAGAAGAAGAAGAAGGCAUCUAUCUGGGAUGAUCCCCUUCCCGAACCCGAACCCGAACCGCCCAAGGAAGAAGAGAAGCAGGAGGAAGCUGCCAUGAAGAAGAAGGGCGACGUCGACAAGGAUGAGGAAAAGAAGAGAGAAGAGGAAGAAGCCGAGAGGAAGCGUCUGGAGGAAGAAGAGGAAGCGAAGCGCAAGGCGGAGGAGGAAAAGAAGAAGGAGGAGGAGGAUGCGGGUGCUUGGGGUGCGACGACGUCAAAGAAGGACAAGAAGAAGAAGAAGAAGGCAUCCAUCUGGGAUGAUUUGGAUACCUCCAAGGAGGAAGAGGAAAAGAAGAAGAAAGAAGAAGAGGAGGAAGCGGAAAGAAAGCGACUUGAGGAGGAGGAAGAAAAGAGGAAGAAGGAGGAGGAGGAAGCGGCUACUGGAUGGGGUGCCGCGACGUCAAAGAAGGACAAGAAGAAGAAGAAGGCCUCGAUUUGGGAUGAUCCAGUACCUGAGCCGGAGCCUGUGCCCAUCGUCGAAGAACCACCAAAGGAAGAGCCCAAGGAGGACAUCUGGGGCGCGGCUACCUCCAAGAAAGACAAGAAGAAGAAGAAGGCCUCGCUCUGGGAUGAUCCUGACAAGAAAAAGAAGAAGGCCUCCAUGUGGGAUGACCCCGUUCCCGAACCAGUUCCCGAACCUGAGCCUGUGCCCGAGCCUGAACCGGAGAAGGAGGAGGACAAGAAAAAGAAGAAGGCCUCCAUCUGGGAUGAUCCUGUUCCCGAACCUGAGCCUGUCCCCGAGCCAGAGCCCGAGCCAAUCAAGGAGGAGGAGACCAAGGGCGACCUCUGGGGUGCUGCGACUUCUAAGAAGGACAAGAAAAAGAAGAAGGCUUCUAUCUGGGAUGACCCUGUUCCUGAACCCGAACCCGAACCCGUGCCUGAGGACAAGAAAAAGAAGAAGGCAUCCAUGUGGGACGAUCCGAUCCCAGAGCCUGAACCUGAGCCUCCCAAGGAAGAACCGAAGAAAGAAGAGGAGCCCACAGACACUUGGGGAGCGGCCACAUCCAAGAAAGAUAAGAAGAAAAAGAAGGCCUCGAUCUGGGAUGAUCCUGUACCUGAGCCUGAGCCGGAACCGCCCAAGGACAAGAAAAAGAAGAAGGCCUCUAUCUGGGAUGAUCCUGUGCCGGAGCCGGAGCCGGAACCGGAGCCGGCGAAGGAAGAAACCAAGGAGACCGACGACUUUUGGGCGACGACAACAAGUUCCAAGAAGGACAAGAAGAAGAAGAAGGCCUCUAUAUGGGAUGACCCCGAACCUGAGCCUAUCAAGGAAGAGGAGCCUCCCAAGGAAGAGCCUCCCGCGACCGACGACCUCUGGGGUGCCGCUAGCACCAAGAAAGACAAGAAAAAGAAGAAGGCAUCUAUAUGGGACGAUCCGGAGCCUGCGCCAGAGCCGGAGACCAAGGCCGCCGAUGAUGACUUGUGGGGCACCGCAAGCAAAAAGGACAAGAAAAAGAAGGGCCAGGAUGACGACUUUUGGGACGCGAUGGGUGGUUCAAAGAAGGAGGACGCCAAGAGCAUCUCCCUGGAUGACUCGGUCAAAGCAUCGACGGAUCCUUUUGAUUUCUGGGGUGCAACAAAGAAGAAGAAGGGCAAGGGAGCGGAGGAGCCUGACGCCAUCGAGGAGCCCGCCGACGAAUCCAAAGACAAAAAGAAGAAGAAGAAGAAGGACAAGUCACGAGAUGCACCAGUUGAGGUCACGGAUGGAGGCGAUCUUGAAUCUGUUCAGCCUGACGCUAUUGAGGAGAUUAAGGACGAGGACGACGGGUCGAAGAAAGCCAAAACUCAGCAAAAAGAACAGGAGAAGCUGGACAAGGAGAAGAAGAAGGCGGACAAGGAGAGGGUCAAGGAGGAAGCUCGUCUUGCUCAGGAACAGGCAGCCAAGGAGGCGGAGGAGCAGGCAGCAAAAGAAGCGGAAGAACAGGCAGCUCAAGAGGCUGAAGCGCAGGCGGCCAAGGAAGCGGCCGAUGCAGAGAUUGCGGCCGAGGAGGAGGAGCUCGCGGCACUCACCGUCAAGAAGGGUCGCAAGAAGCUCAUUCGCCGCGACCAGGAAAAGUUUGACCGCUUGACGGAGAGAGCUAGCAAGCGGGCUGAAGAGGCUGCUGCUAUCGAAAAGGCCAAGGAGGAAGAGGAGGCCGCCGCCGCCGCCGCCGCCAAAGAAGCCGAAGCAGAGGCUGCUCGGGCGCUAGAGGAAGCUGAGUCCGGCAAGAAAAAGUCCAAGAAAGCCAAAUCCAAAGACAAGAAGGGCAAGACGACGGACAGAGAGGCAGAUAUGGACCUGGAUGUCGACCUCACUCCCGAGCAGGUCGAAGAACUCCUCGCUGACCCCGAUGCUCCUGCUAAAAAGGCAGUCGACGACGACGCCUUUGACUUCUGGGGCGCCAAGAAAUCUCGCAAAGCUCAAGACACGGAUGCGCAGUCGAGCUCGCGUAGCACAAAGCCCCGGAAAGCUGUAGGGGCAGGGUCGCAGACAAACUCCGAGCUUUCGAGGUCGGAGACGACCAACGCUGCCAUGUUCAGCACGCCCCCAAUCACGCGGUCGACCUCGACGCGCGACAAGAAGCGGUCCAGCACCAAGUCAUCGUCGCGCCGCCAUUCCGUCGAUAUUUCUAGCGGCCUCAUGUCGCCCCCGCCCGAGCCAGUCAUUUCAGGCAAAGCGGCCAAGAUUCUCGGCGUUGGAGCACCCACGCCCGACAAGCCAUCGCGUCGUCGCUCAAAGGCCAAGCCCGAUGACGAUGUCGUGAUGACCGACGCCGACGUCGCAGAAAGCACCCGCUGA